AUGGACAUGUGGACACUGUGUUCCACCUGCUCCACCUUUACUUUUGGGACCCUUCAGGGCAGGAAUGAUACAUGGGAUAGCAGAGCCAGGGACCCGCCUAAGGGUACAGUGGGCAAAGGAUGGCCUGCAGAGGAGUCCUGUUCCCGUUUCAUCAAUGCACAGACCCAGAAGACCCCUCCGUCAUGCAGCAUCUGCCAUGAGCAUCGGCCUCCUGUGCUGUGCGGCCUUUUGUCUCCUGUGGGCAGGUCCAGUGAAUGCUGGUGUCACUCAGACCCCAAAAUUCCAGGUCCUAAAACAGGACAGAGCAUGACACUGCAGUGUGCCCAGGAUAUGAACCAUGACUACAUGUACUGGUAUCGACAAGACCCAGGCAUGGGGCUGAGGCUGAUUCAUUACUCAGUUGGUGAAGGUAGCACUGAGAAAGGAGAAGUCCCCGAUGGCUACAAUGUCACCAGAUCAAACACAGAGGAUUUCCCACUCAGACUGGAGUCGGCUGCUCCCUCCCAGACAUCUGUGUACUUCUGUGCCAGCAGUUACUCCACAGCGUUACAAGGCUGCCUCCUCUCUGCACAUAAAGCCAGGCAGGCUCUGCCCUCCUCCCCCACCCAAGACUCAGGGAUGCCCUGGGCAGAGUUCUCUACACCAGAGUCCUUGGAAUCCCGAAUGACCCCAAGUGGCCCAGGCAUGUUGGCGCAUCCUACAGGACAUGCCCAGCAGACAGAGGAGCGGCUGUGGGAUGAGAAGAUGAACUCAGAGAUGCAGUGUGAGGCCUCCGGGUACAGAAAGCUCUGGAGUCCAAAGCGAUGA